AUGGCUUCGUCGCGCCCGGGUUCGCGCCGCAUCAGUUCUAUCAGCAACUCCAAUACAGAACCUUUCCCUUCGAUCCCCGACUCACCGGCGGGCCCAAGUUCUACCAACAACAAUACCACGACAACCACAACCACCGUCCACAUCCCUCAUCGUGGGAGACCUUACACAGUAACCUCCACCCAGCCCACGAACCAAUCUCCCACCACUGUAGCAUCCGCGCCCGACAACACCGUGAUUCCCAACUCGGCCGCCGUGACCCCGACCAUAACGAGAACUACCUAUGCCACGCCUCAAAUAAAUCAGAUCAACCAGCUCAACCGAUUCCGGCCAGUCGGUAUUAGACGACUGCCCUCAGCAAACCUGCGAGCGGCAGCACAAGAUGAUGAAAAUCUAUCGAGUCAACCUCCCGGUCGGGCUGCGUCUGGUAGAGGACGCAGUAGUUCUGCGCCACAACGUCCGAAUCUGGGCAUACCCGGCUUGAACCAACUAACGAGGCAAAGUACGAGACAAUCACUCCUGCCAACCCUCGCCGAAGCCCCAUCGGCGCCAGAACCCGCGCCAGCAGAUGGCACCGUGGAUCGAGACACGAUGAAUCAAAACGUAACAGGCGGAGUGAGUAGGAGACGGAGUAUCAGCAACGCUGCACGUUCGAUCGUGAGCAGAAUGAGUGACACGUCGAGGGAACGACAAGAACCUGAGUAUGAAUCAGAAGUCGUCGACCUGCUCGAUGUGAUUGAUCCCGAGGUCUCGACGCUGACUACUCUCAACAACGUCCAAAACUCACUCUUUGUGCCAGAUCUUGGGAGAUGGUUGAACCGAAGACCAACCUAUACGCUGAGUCGUCGGCCAACCCAGACCCGGAGGCCCGAGACCAUUGAAGAAAAGGAAGUGGGCAUGACUCCAGUUACCACCGAGGCGGCACCCAUAGAAGGGCCACCCGUGGGAGCCCCAGAGGAGGAAGCGGGUGCCCCUCCCACCAUGCAAAGGACCUGGUCAUGGCAGCGCAAACCCCAGAUUGAGCGUACCCGCAGUAUUUCAUCGGUUGUCACAGACUCUCACUUCGCCGUAUUACCACAUGGUGUGUCCCUCGAGGGAUGGAGUGACGAGGACAAGGAGGCGCUGGAUGAUCAUGUCAGGCACAUGUUGCACUCGAAACGCUCCAAGUUCAAACAGAGAAUGGUGGCUUUUGGGAAGUAUGUCUCAAAACCACUCGGGUUUUUUGUGUUUCUGUAUGCAACUCUAAUUACUUUGUUUGGUUUGGCCUGGGUUCUUUUCUUGAUCGGUUGGAUUUAUGUUGGAGACCGACAAGAGUACGACAUCAAUGUAAUCGACAAUGUGCUGGUUGCCUUGUUUGCGGUUGUUGGUGAUGGUCUGGCACCAUUCCGAACUGUCGACACAUAUCACAUGUGCUUUAUCGCUCACUAUCACCACCUGACUUGGAAGCUCAGACGAGAAAGAGGAAUGCCGAAGCUGCGUGACCACAAUGACCUCCCUGCUCAAACGGAGAAGGAAGCCGACCCCGAGUCUGUGGUUCCGGAGGACUCGGAGUUCUCGGUUUUGACGCACAAGCAACAGCAAAAGCUCAUGCACCAUCAAGCAAAGUUCUCCAAGUCGCAUUCAUUUUAUAAGCCUCACGAAACGGGAACUCAUUAUGCCUUCCCAUUACGCUUGCUGGUGGCCAUCGUGGUCUUACUGGAUUGUCAUUCACUUUUCCAGAUCGCGCUCGGCACCUGUACUUGGUCGAUCAGCUAUCACGUCCGACCACAAGCUCUGACGGCGACGAUCCUCUCGUGUUCCAUCACGUGCAACAUCGUGGCGGGUAUUUUGAUCGCCAUCGGUGACCGAAAGACACGCAAGAAGGACGUGGCUUUGAAGAUGCAACGACAAGCCUUGACCAAGACAGCCAUAAAGAAGGUGGAAAAGCACAAGCGAGAGAGGAUGGAAAACGCACUCGAGGAUCAAGGGCGAGAUAUUAAUUUUGAAGUCAUCGAUGAAGAGACUGCUGACCAGGUUAAUUCGAGGACUCAUUAG